AAAUAGAAGAAGUUAUCCAAGAUAUUUCCCGACCGGAUUACCCUUAUAAGAAUUAUGUUUUGCCAAAAAAGGCUAAUUCUACUGACCGAGCCAAAUAUAAUCUGUGCCAAGAUAUAUUAAAAUAUCAGCAAGAAAAUAAUAUUUCGGAAGCGAAAUUAAUUAAAAUUUUCGGG